UGGAGCAAUUUGUAUUAAACCCCCUGGCCCCUGUCUGUGUCUAUGGAGCGGUUCGUGUCCCACCCAUCCACAGCCCCGCCAGCGUACAGUCCACAGCAGUAGGUGCCGCAGAGGGCUGACAGCAGCAGAUCAACGCACUUAACAGCAGUGGAGGCUCAAACAGGAUGGCCGGCUCAACGCGUAUCUUCUGCAGUGUGGUUUUCAUCUUGGGGCUGCUCUCCUCUCCCGUGGAUUCCAAAAGAAACCGAGGUUCACAAGGCGCCAUUCCUCAUCCUGACAAAACCAACCCAAACGAAUCGGAGCAGCAACCGCAGACUCCGCAGGCGGGCUCCGGGUCCCGGCAGAGGCAGGGCUCAUCCCCACCGGCCGACGAGGUGCUGGAGUCCAGCCAGGAAGCUUUACAUGUGACGGAGCGCCAGUAUUUAAAACGGGACUGGUGCAAGACCCAGCCCCUCAAGCAGACCAUCCACGAGGAGGGCUGCGUCAGCCGCACCAUCAUCAACCGCUUUUGUUACGGACAGUGCAACUCCUUCUACAUCCCCCGGCACAUCCGCAGGGAGGAGGGAGCCUUCCAGUCCUGUUCGUUUUGCAAGCCGAAGCGUUUUACCACCAUGACUUUUACUUUGAACUGCCCGGACCAGCAGCCACCCACCAAGAAGAAACGCAUCCAGCGCGUCAAACAGUGCCGCUGCAUAUCCAUAGACCUGGACUAA